CAAAUGUAUGGACGAUGAAGAUUGUGAUAUUAGAAUUAGUGUUCGUUCGUAACAUGAAAUGAAAGGAAGACAUCGCCCUUGCGAAUUUCCUUUUAUAAACGCUCCAAAUUACGGGGAAGACUAAUUUUAGACGGUUUCGGGUGAAAUGCAGCGUCAAGUUUUGACAUAACUUGAUAGCCUUGGCUGAUGAAACUUGAGACUUUUCGCUAUCAUCACGUGUACACUAAUGUACAUGCACAGCACACAUCUGCACACGGAGCAGUGUGGAGAGAAAGUGGAAAGGGAAAGUGGAACAAAACAUGAAAACGGGACUGGAACGACAUGCUGCAGGAGUUUUCAGAGUCACAACAACCACCGAGUAAGAGAAAAUUAAGCUAUGAGUUUACCAAGGUCUCUGUAUUACAAUUCUUCAUACCCGAGUAAUGCACAAUCCGGGUAGUCUAGCAGUCUGUGGAAUUGGAAUACCCGGGUAGAAAAAGAGAAUCGAUAAAAUCGAACAAUCAUGUGGACAAUGUUGAUCCAACUUAUUCUUGGACUUGUCAAAAUUGGACCACUUUAGUUAAGAAAAUUUAAUUGGGCAAGUCUAAUCUAAAAUCUAACCUAAAUUGAUUGGUCUUACCGUGAACGUAAAGAUAUCCACACAUAAUUCAAAAAUUCAUAGUUUUCAAAGUUGAUUAGUGGUCUGGCGGAGUAGGCAAAAAUGCAUUGGGAAAGAGAAUCAUCAUUACUAAUUUUGAAGAGUUGAAGUCAAUUUCAUUAAGCAGUCCCCAUCUCUCUCCUCUCACAUUGUGGUCAUUCUUCACCGAUGGACUCUGAAACACUUCCGGUACGAAAACCUCCCAAAGAAGUCGGGAAAGUGAAACCACAACGAAAUCAACAACAACAACAACGAGGAAAGAGUGACGAGGUGACCAAGAUGAACACACUCAAUGAGAAGAAGAAGAUGAUGAUGGUGGGGGGUGGGGACAGUGAGGAUGACGUUAGUUUGAUGGACGAGACGCCACCACCCGAGGCUGCCCUCCUCAUCAAACCCAUCGCUAUCGACCCCACCAAGGACUUUUACAGUUCCACGGGUCGACCCGUCUCUCCCGUCCAGUUCCCACCAUCAUCCGCCGUGGGCGAUGAGGUCGACGUCGCAGUACCUGUAACGACUAUGCAACCGAAUAAAGUUAACCCUACGACGACAUCAACUAUAGAACGGUCGGCCGGAAAGAUGGAAGAGAGCACAAGUGUUGGUAGUGUUGGUGCAGGUGUGAUACAAGGGCGUAGUUCUGGCGCCUCCGAAAGAGUCAAGGUCGUCAUCAGAAGUCGUCCGUUGAGUGAGAAAGAAGAGACUGAGGGGCAUGAGAGCGUGGUUCAAGUUCAUCCUGACCGGAACGAGGUGGAGGUCAGACGCCUAAAAUCUAACGCUGGGGACAUAUCAGAAUCCAAGGUUUUUGUGUUUGAUGCCGUAUUUGAUGCUCGAACUUCGCAACUAGACUUGUAUAAUAUAGCAUUUGCUCCCUUGGUGGAUUCUGUUCUGCAAGGUUUCAACGGGACAAUUUUCGCCUAUGGUCAAACUGGGACCGGGAAGACGUAUACGAUGGAAGGUGUACGAGAAAAAGAGUCCGAACACGGCGUCAUUCCCAACACCUUUCGCCACAUAUUUGCCCACGUAGCUGAAAACUCGACGAAGCAAUACCUCAUCCGCGCCUCCUAUCUCGAAAUCUACCAAGAAGACAUCCGCGACCUGCUCAGCAAAGACCGGAAGCAGCAGCGCGAGCUCCGCGAAAAUCCCACGAGCGGGGUCUACGUUAAAGACCUUUCAACCCACUUGUGCAGCAACUUGAGUGAAAUCAACGACCUCAUGACGAGAGGGAACAAAAACCGAGCCGUGGGUGCUACCAACAUGAAUGAACACAGCUCUCGUUCCCAUGCUCUUUUCAUGGUCACGAUUGAAAUGUCCGAGAAGUGGGCCGAUGGUCGGAACCACUUUAAAGUGGGUAAGCUCAACCUUGUCGACCUGGCAGGAUCUGAACGACAAGGGAAAACUGGUGCGGUCGGGGACAGAUUCAAGGAAGCGACCAAGAUCAACUUGUCCCUCUCAGCACUCGGAAAUGUCAUUGCUGCUCUCGUGGAUGCCAAAUCAACCCACAUUCCUUAUCGAGACUCCAAGUUGACCCGACUCCUCCAAGACUCCUUGGGCGGAAACUCUCGUACAAUCAUGGUGGCCACGAUAGGACCUGCCAGCUUCAACUGGGAGGAGACCAUCACCACGCUUAGAUAUGCCUCUCGGGCCAAGAAAAUUAAAAAUAAGCCAAAAGUCAACGAGGAUCCAAAGGACGCCUUGUUACGCCAAUAUCAAGAGGAAAUUGAACGCCUUCGUGUCGAAUUGGAGCAGAAAAAGGCUCGCCAAACUAGUACGCAUCAUGCUCACCAAUCUGAUAAUCUUGAUCCAACAAAACCCCGACAAAGAAAAUCUAAUCAACAACGAUCUGAUCCCGAUCGCCCCACUUCUGAAGAGGUCAGUGCUGAGGAGGAGGAGCGUCUUAGAGAACUGGCCGCCAUGUUGGAACCUUACGGCCUUGACCCCACCACCGACCCAAGUGUCAUCAUGGAGAAGUUGGCCGAGCGGAGGAAAGAACUCCUUCAGGACAACUUGACCAUGAAGGUGGAGAAGGACAUGCUGCUGGGGAAGUUGGACGAAACUGAGAGUCUGGUAAGGAACACGGAGGAGGAAUGUUCCAAACUGAGCGAGCGGAUCGGGUGGUUGGAAAGCAAGGUGUUGACCGGGGGAAAAGAUCUCGUCGACCAUACGAACGAGCAGAAGAAACUCCUGCAGUCGAAACAGGCCGAAUUGGCGGAGCAGUUGGAGCGCUACGAGGAGAUGAGGAAGCGUUUGGAGGAAGAAGAGUUGACGAUGGAAGAACUCAGAGUGAAUGCGGACGCCUUCGAGAAUGAACUUCAAGCCAAGUCGCGCAAAUACAAGAAGCUCACUAACAGAUGCACAUCCCUUAAAGAUGAGACCGAGAAGGCGCACGACAAUCAUUCCUCAAACAUGAGGGAACUAGAGACAAUGUUGAUGGAGCUUAAAAAAGAGUUCGCCUUAAAAAACGUUAUCAUUGACAACUUUAUCCCUCUCUCGUCCCGGAAACUUAUGGAAAAGCGGAUGCGGUGGGAUGAGGCUGAGCAGAGCUAUAGACUGGCCCCCAUAGAUGCUUCGAAUGCCUUAGAACGACCUCCCGUCGACCGGGCCAUGGUUCUUCCCCUUUUCAACAUUUCUGACAGAGGGGAGGUCAUCAUGGUGAAAAACGUCCACUAUUCCAACGAAAACAUUCUCCAGUUGCACCCCGAACUUCCGCAGAGGAGGACACGAGACUACAUCCCUCCAUCGACGGAUCCACUGCUCACCUCGCUCCUUAGGAGGGCCAUUGAUGAAAUUGAGAGCGAAAUAGUUGUGGACUGUGCCCCUCCGAGAAGACCAAACCGAAUACCAACCGCAAAAAUGCCCAUGGCCGUGGACUACUUCAAACUAGGGGACAAUCUGGUGCGACGCGUAAAAUCCGCUCGACCUCCGGAUGGGAUUUUGUAUAGAGACUUUGCUAUUGUUAGUCGUACAAAAUAGCUGCUCUAUAAAUUUGUAACCAGAAUCUCACGCUUAUCAAGUGCAUAUUAUAAUUUCAAACGCUCGUAAUUCCAAAUUUGUUCGUUCGUGACAUGACCAAAAUUUGUAUCGGCUCUAUAACGUUAAAACCAUGUCGGCCAAGUUUGACCAUUUUUUGCUCACUAACAAAACCAUAAUCUCAUGCAAUCCUUUAUCAACGAGUAUGUAUUUUACAUUCCAAAGAAAUGUGCCUGAUUUUUAUACAAGAAAUCACCGUAUCUUUGUAAUAUAAAAAACGUAUUAUUAUUCUUAAAUGGUUUUAACAGGCAAGAAAAUGUUAUAGUUAUUUAUAAAAGUAAUAAUAAUGCUACUGCUAUGAACAAUAAUGAUUUAUUGGCACACAAUAAAUACGCAAAACUAC